ACAAAAUCAGAGACUGGGAACUUUAAUAUUCCGUUUUUAUGUGUUUUUAUACUGAUUUUUAAUGUUUUUUAACACUUUAGAAAUGAAAUGGAGAGUCCGAAAGCUAAAGAAGCUCUCAGUUGUUCAGGGUGUUUGAAUGACAUUGGAUACAAUGAGUAUGUAUCGGCACUGUCACAACAUUGGCAUAAGGAUUGUUUUAGGUGCUCAGUGUGUGAUGAUCUGUUAUCAACAUGGUACUUUGAGAAGGCUGGUCUACUGUUCUGCCAGAAAGACUAUUGGGCGAAGUACGGAGAGAGCUGUCAGCAAUGUACACAGGUGAUAACCGGCCCGGUGAUGGCCGCCGGCGAGCACCGCUUCCACCCGGAGUGCUUCGCUUGUCACUCUUGCGCCGCCCACAUCGAGGAUGGAGAGUCGUACGCUCUACUUGAACGCUCCAUCUUAUAUUGCGGAAAAUGCUACAGAGCUCCCCACACAAGAACGCACGCUAUCCACGUGGUGGAGGUUCCGCCUAACGCGGUCCGAAUAUCGACAGGCGACAAGGGCUCGCUGACCGUCUCCGAGAUUGAUUCGUCGUGUGGCCUGUUGACCCUGCACAUCGGCGAUCGAAUUCUGGAAAUAAACGGGUCCCCGGUCGGGAAUCGACCCGCGGACGACGUGCAGAGGGCGCUCGGCCGACCCGACCAGAUUAUACAGCUGACCAUCGAGCACAGCCCUGAAACGGUAAGUCGCCCUGCAUCCAUGUGCGCACCGAGGGACACGGAGAAACCCUGCAAGGUAACGGAGGGGGUCAUGGACAAGGGGACCUAUGAAGGCAAGAAAGAGAGGCUGUUCAAGAGAAAGGGAGAGGAUGGGGGCAAGCCCAGGAUGAUGAAGCGGAGACAGACGCCGUCCAGUCCGCUGCUCGGCGACAAAGAGAAGAGCAGCAGCAUGUCCAAGCUGUUGGACGUCGUGGACGGCGAGGAGUCGAACGGCGUGCAGGGCGACCUGAGCCGGGCGCGAUCCUUCCGCGCCGACACCAGCUCCGCCGGGCAGAAGGUGUUCCGCGCCUGCGACCUGCUGCAGGGCGAGUUGCUAGGCUCCGGAUUCUUCGGCGAGGUGUACAAGGUGACCCACCAGGACACCGGUGAGGUCAUGGUGCUCAAGCAGCUGUACAGGGUUGACGAGGAAGCGCAGAGGAACUUCCUCAAAGAGGUGGCGGUGCUGAGGUCCCUGCACCACCCGAACGUGCUCCGGUUCGUCGGGGUCCUGUACAAGGACAAGCGACUGCACCUGGUCACCGAAUACGUGGCCGGAGGAACGCUGCACCAGCUCCUGCAGGACCCGUCCGCGAGCCUGAGCUGGGCGUGCCGCGGGCGGCUGGCGCGCGACGUGUCCCGCGGGGUGGGCUAUCUGCACCGCCGGAACGUCAUACACCGCGACCUCAACUCGCACAACUGUCUCGUGCGUGAGGAUCGCACAGUGAUUGUAGCUGAUUUCGGUUUGGCUCGCAUCGUCCAAAGGACCACGGCGCACGGAUCCCUAAAGCGGAAACGAUACACAGUCGUCGGCAACCCCUACUGGAUGGCCCCCGAGAUGAUGAACGGCAACGUGUACGACGAGAAGGUCGACGUGUUCUCCUUCGGGAUCAUACUGUGCGAGAUAAUAGGCAGGGUGUCGGCGGACCCCGACUGCCUGCCUCGGAGGUCGGACUUCGGCCUCAACGAGGAGGUGUUCCUCGAGAAGUUCUGCGCGUCCUGCCCCGAACCCUUCUACAGGAUUGCCUUCUUGGCCUGUAAUCUGGACCCGGACGAUAGACCGCCUAUGGAGGUCAUAGAAACGUGGCUCGAAGCGUUAGUGGAACAGCUUUCUGAAUCGGAGCUUAAAGAGAAUCUAGAUGUGCUUUGCAACGACCUCGACUCCCCGACCGAGGGCUCUCUAGUCAAGAGCGAUUCUCAGUCAACGUUAGAGGAGACGCGCUCGAUAUCGUACCGGCCGCUGGUGCCCGUCGCGCUCGGCAAGUGCGUGUCCGCCUCCCAGGUGGGGGCGGGGGGCGGGGGGCCCGCGCGGGGGGGCCGCUGGGGGCGCGCGCACAGCCACCAGGCGCUGCACACGCCCGGGUACAUCCUGCAGGCCAGGGGACCCACCAUCGACAUCACCCAGGUGGACGACAUUAGCGAGUGGCUAGAGCCGACGCCCCUCAAGCGAUCACAGCCAGACCCUCAGCUGCACCGGCCGCGACACCAGGUUCUCCUGCCGGCCUUCCUCAGGAACCAGUCCGUGGAAGAACUGAGACCAAAGCACGUGCCCAGCGACGACUCUUCGGAUGACAGUGACGGCGGCGUCACCAGCGCCGCGCCGCAGCCCGCCGUCACGUACCGGAGCCCGGCCGAGCGACGCCUCCCCGAGGUGGACGUGCGCCGGUACAACAUCGACUUCCUGGCCGGCAGCCCCGUCAUGGCGCAGGGCAUCAAGAACAUACCAAAAAUAGUCGAAAGAGACAAAACCAAUGAGAAAACCGGUUUCUUCACCAAAAAACUGUUAUCGCCGAAAUUGAGUCGAUUAUUCAGACCGAACGCGACCGAGGCGGGGGGCAAGCCUCACGCCGACCUCAACAAGUCCAACAGCACGUUCUUCGUACAGCAGCCGCCCGCCCUCGGCCGCUCGUCCUACAGGAUACGGCCCGUCGGGGACGCCGGCGCGGACGUGCUGCAGAGCGACAUCAAACUGGCCAGCAUGGGGAGGCCCAUGACGCCCACGCUGAGGAGGUGUCCCGACCGCCCGGACCUCGCCGACGCCCGCUUCAGCUGUCGGGACUUCAGAACUAAGAUGAUCAGCAACGANCACGUCAAGGCGCACAUCACGAGGGGCGCCCCGGUGGGACAGCCGCCCGUACAGAGGAGGAGGAACCCGGACAAGAGCGAGCCCCGGAUGGGCAUCUCGCGGAGCAACUACGUCAGUCUAGCCAACCUAAAGAUAAACAAUAAGGCGAACGGUCUGGAUGUCACCGAGAGAGCCAGACGCGAGGUCAACGACAACUCCCCCGUGGAGAGGGUCGUGUGACGGGGGACGAGGGGGGUUGGGGGGGGCUUGCUUCCUUAUGUGUUCGAGGAAUGUCAGAUAAAUAUACAUCUAUACAUUCAGAUUGUUAGUAAUAUAACUAACUGCACGUUACAAAUUAUAAUCUUGCCAUUUUGAAAAAUAUACAAACUGGAUAUUGUAUUGACAUUUAAAAUGAACAUAGGUCACGGAUGGACAUAGGUUCGACUAUUGCCACAACAAAGGACCCUUCUGACCUUCGUUGGGUGUAGUUAGAUAUUGACAGUGCCACUGCCAUUGGUCACCUUUGAUUGUCUGCAAUAUUCAGGCUACGGAAUUAUAUAAAUGUUGAAACUUUGUACACGUUACUAUUAUUAUUGUUGAAAGGUUUAUAACCAUUAAUGUAUACGCGGAAUUUUAGCAUUAAUAAUAUAUUACACUCACGGCGUCGGACCAUGCGGCCUGGCGCCACUGUCCUGUCUUAUUUACCGCAAAGUUAUGCCUUUAAUGACUAGCCGGCUGUCGUGUCCGCGCGGUGGGGACCCGUGACCAGUCUCCCAGAGAAGGGUGCCUAACGUUGGGCCAACACUGGUCGGCCAUGUUGGCCUAACUACUCACUCUCUAACUACUACUGGCACUAAAAAAAAAAUCGGCCGACAAACAGACGAGAAUAUAGCACUUACUGUGUUGGCAUUCAUUAGUUGUAUUGGUUACAAUCCAAAUAGAUUACGACGUUAGGUUGCGUACUUCGGUUCGGUAAUUUGUGUACUUCGGGCCUUAGAAAGAGAGGAUCGGGUUUUUAGUUGAUUCGUAGAGCGCCGUCUCUCUCGCACGAUACGUUAUAGCAAGGAAAGGUAUUCUUGCUUACGCGGUAACGCUUAGCAAAUCCUGUUUGGCUUGGAUUUUGAAAUUUUGAUCGGAAACAAUAUAUUAAAGCACUUUUUUUAAUAGUCCUUUAACACUAAUCAUACCAACACUCACAGGUACCUAUUUCUAUCAUAGCAGGUAGAUAACUGGUAUACAACAAGUAUUACUCAGAAUAAACAAAACCAAACAAAAAAAAAAGUAUAAUAACUGUAGAUUAAUUAGUAAGAAAAAGGCACGAAGUAAAAUGUGCAAAUGUGGACUGUGGCUUUUUUUGGAACCGGUGGUAGAGUUAACAUUUUCUUUUACAUUUUGA